AUGAAAUUCACCCCAGCCAACUGUAACACAGAACAAAAGUUCAUCCGGAAAUACAACAUUCAGUCAGGAGUCCGUUGGAUGAACCCAGAUGGCGGUCGAUGGAGAGUUAUGUUCGUCUGCAAUGGGCAAUCGCCUUGCCCUACACUGUACGCCGAGGAGGGCGACCUUGUUGAAUUAGCGGUAAAGAGCGAUAUCUACGCGCAGUCAUCAAUUCAUUGGUCUGGCAUCGGGUAUAAAGGAACUGGUGGCUGGAACGAUGGUACCGCUGGCCUCUCGCAAUUCCCCAUACUACCUCGCGGCAAUUACACAAGUAUCAUCGACACGGCGGGCUCUUGGGGCCUCAACUGGUACAUCGACCAUACGACAGCGGCCUCGGCCGAUGGGCUUUAUGGCAUGGUUUACGUAGCUCCUAGCCCGUCACGACCGCGGCCGUAUCGACUAAUCUCCAAUGACGAAAUUGAGCUGCGCGCGAUUAUGGAGGCUGAGAAGGAAGUCCGACAUCUUGCUAUCAAAAACCAUCAACACCGUGACACUGGUUGGAAGUUGCUGCGUAUGCGGGCUGAAGGAUCCGAAUUCUAUUGCUACGAUUCGAUCCUUGUCAAUGGAAAGGGUCGUGUUCACUGUCGCCAACCUGGUUUCGAGAAGCUCAAUGGCCAAGACCUUGACGAGAUAGGUUGCAUCCAGCCGCCCGGCCUACCGCAAGAAUCUUGCACACCCAGCAAGGCUGACUAUGAGGUUAUUGAGACGAAAGGCAGACCCUACAUCAUGAUGAAUCUGAUCAACAUCGGCUUUGAACAUUCGGUCGUUAUAUCCAUUGACAACCAUAAGAUGAUCGUUGUCGCAAAUAACGGCGGCUUCGUCUUUCCUCGCGAAUCAGAUGCGGUUUAUGUUCCUAGCGCUGGCCGGAUUACUGUUCUUGUGAAGUUGAAUGCCGAGGCUGACGACUAUGCUAUACGCAUUUCCUCGACGAGUCAGCUGCAGAACCUGGAGGCGUAUUCAAUCCUAAGAUACCCGACCGGCCGGCACCCUUUAUUAGGAGAACCAAUGAAGCUUCCGCAGCCUGCAUCGCCUGAUAAAGUCUGCGUGCUUACAGAUGGUUCGACAAGAGAAGGUUGCGAGACACUUGAUGGCCAGUUUCUCUCUCCAUAUCCCGAAUUCCCGCCACCUAAAGCCAAACCGUCCCACGAUGCGUCCGCGCAUUAUACCUUCCGACUUGCAGCCGGUUCCCAGCCUUCUCAGACGGAGCCUCAUAUAACGGAGUACUUCCUCAAUGAAAAGCCCUGGCAGCUAUUUCGUUCCUCCUUGAAACCAUUGCUUUUUUACAAUUUCAAUAACUCGGAAGAGUCUCCAGAAAAGCCAGUGAUUGACCGGCUUCCUAUGGGCUCUGUUGUUGAUCUGAUUAUUGAAAAUCAGCUGAAUGAUACAGUUCCUCUGUACAAGCAUGGCGAACCAGCCUGGCUCAUUGGAGCUAAAGAUCAUGCGAGAUUUCCGUAUAACAGUGUAGAAAAAGCACUGGCAGAAGGGGAAAACAUGAUUGAUUUGCUCAAUUUACACAACCCAGGUCUUGUAACAACUCAUGACUUGCCCGCGCUUGGCUGGAGCAUUCUGCGAUUCAAAGUAAGAGCCAAAGCUGCAAAUAUGAUUCAUGCAGCUAAGCUUCGAUACUUUGCGCUGGGCAUGUCAGUACCUAUCAUAGAGGGUAUUCUGCCUGAUGACCCAGCCAACUUUCCUGACUCAGCUGUUAACCGCCCGCAUGUCAACUUUGAGCCAAAGAAUGAUGGAGUAUUUGGGUAA